AUGCACAGAGCCUGGGCUGCUUUCAGAGCACACCCGUACCUUAGUAACGUGGUGGGUUACACAGUCUUGUUCUCCUCUGCCGACCUCUUCCAGCAGAGCUUUUUGAGAGGGGAACAACAACUCUCUGCAGGGAUCGACUGGACCCAGACUGCACGAGUGGCAACUGUUGGCUUCUGUUUUCAUGCCAACUUUAACUACCACUGGCUGAGGCGGCUGGAGAGGAUGCUCCCGGGGGGUGGGAUCAGGGCUGUGGCAGCAAAGGUGGUGGUGGACCAGCUGGUAGCAGCUCCUCUCACCAUCAGUGCUUUUUACAUUGGUUUGAGUGUUCUUGAACACAAAGAAGACGUGCUGGAAGUGUGGAGGCAGAAAUUCUGGACUUCUUAUAAAACUGGUGUUGUAUUCUGGUCAACAAUGCAGGCCGUUAACUUCUCUCUGGUCCCACCAGUUGCACGGACAGUAUUUUUAGGAGGUGUUGCUCUGAUUUUCACCAUCUAUCUGUGUCAUGUUAGGCAACAACAUGACAACAAACCUGAAUAA